GCAGGUUUGCAGGACAGCACUUUGUCAGUCUGAUCUUUCAUCGAACGCAGACACAUCCGUGUUAUCGUGAGAAAGGAAAGUCAGGAACAAGGUGACGGUAUUUGUUUAUACGUGACAACAGUACCAGCCGAACGAAAUGGAGAACUCUAGUGAGCGCCCCACAGACAUGUCUCGGGAGAGACUAAUCCAAGAGCUCGAAGAAACCAGAGAGCAGCUGAAAAAGCAGAAAACCCUGAAAGAAAUGUACAUUAACAGGGGGAAAGAGACCACCAGAGAGCUAGAGCGGCUGAGAAAGUACAGCGAUGAUGCAACUCUCAGCAGCGCAAAGAUAGCUACUCAGGUGAGAGACAACACCAGGCAGAAGAAGAAAAAGGAUCUUCAUAAAGAUUACGAGGAGCUGAAGGUUGCCCAUUUAAUUAAUGAGGAGAAAUAUCAAGCUGACCUCCAGGCGGAGAAGGACAAGAACAGUCUUCUUCAGAAAGAACUGGAUCAGAUCAGUAUCUCCUACAAUGAGCUUAAAGUCAGGUAUGAAACUGAUGCCAAGUAUACUGCUGAACUCCAGGUGGAGCAGCAGAAGAACAACAUUCUCAAAGACAAACUGGACAAAAUCAGCCAAAGGUAUGAAACUGAUGUCACUGAAGUCAGACACCAGGUUGAGACUCUCAGACACGAGCUUCAGGGUGAAGCCCAGCAAAGAAAAAUCCUUCAACAGCAACACAACGAGCUGGAAAUAGCACAAGCAUCCAGCCAGGACAAGUAUACUGCUGAACUCCAGGUGGAGCAGCAAAAGAACAACCUUCUCCAAGACAAAAUAGAAAAAAUCAGCAAAGGGUAUGAAUCUGAAGUCAUCACUGUGAGCCAGCAGGCUGAAAGUCUGCAACGGGAGCUUGAAAAAGAAGUCAAGGCUCACGUGGACACAAUGUUGAGAGACUUGCAGGUUAUUACCAACUUGAAGGCUGAGCAGAACGACCUCCGUCACAGCAUGACCGAGGAAAUAAAAAAUCUCAAGCAAAAGACACUAGAGAAGGAGAAAUAUUAUGAGAGACAACUGGAGGAGCUGAAAAGUCAGCUUACUGCUCAGGUCUCUCUCAGCCUUGUCCUCUCAACAGAGCUUAAGGCGUUGAAGGAAGCUGAAAUCCCAGAGGAGAAGCCGUGCGAGCAGGAGUCUAUCGUUACUACCUCAGCCCCCGAACUUCUGGAGGUGACCAAAGUUCCCGAGGAAAAGGCGCGCGAGCAAGAGUCCACCGAUACUGUUUCGGCCCCCGAACUUCUGGAGGUGACCAAAAUCCCUGAAGAAAAGGCAUGUGAGCAGGAAUCCAUCGCUUCUGCCCCGGCCUUUGACCUUCUAGACGUGACUCAAGUCUCCGAGGAGACUCACCCAGCCAAAUCAAAAAAGUCUUCCUGGAAAAGAGUCCGUCACUUUCUAGGAUUGAGGAAACCACAGAAGUGGAAGAAGUGAGAUGGCUUCAACAACUCAAGCUGUCACAAUCGCCAUCGAACAUCAACAUCAAGAACAUCUCUACUGUGGACAGCCAGUAGAUACCACAUCUCAUCUGUGGUCGGCAUGGGUUGGCACCACAUCAGUGUUACCUCCAAACAGCAGCACACUCUUGCAGACAUAGUACGAGGAGCUAAUCAGAAUUGUUUCACAUACUGUGUCUUUUAGACAAGCUACAUGUGUGCUGCCUGUGUGGAGUUAAA